CCAGCCCUACGUGUGAUCGGUUUGAAUAGUAAAUGUGAAAAUGGGCGAUUUCUGAUUGAGCUCCCGGUUCUGUGUUCCCACAGUGUUUUUCCAUGCUGCUUAGCAGCGAGUUGAAUGCUGUGCCCUUUACCGCAGCCCCCAAGUCACCAGCCCAUGUGGAACAGCACCAAGAAAACAUUCAUAUUUGCUGUUUAGUAUAAAUCGAGUUAUUUUCAGGUUAUUCAGAAUUAAUUCUCAUGUCAGCUGAAAGUUCGACCGUCACCGUUCGUCUUGUGCGCUCCUUUGAACACCGGAAUUUCAGACCUGUGGUGUACCAUGGAGUUCCCUUGGAUCAGACAGUGAGGGAGUUCAUUGCUUUUGUGAAGAAGGAUGUGUCUUCAAGAACAGGACUUCCUCCUCCUUUUAAAAAUUACAAGUAUGAUACAAUGAAGAUUAUUCACCAAGCACACAAAUCUAAGACUGGUGAGCUGGUAGUGAGUUUGGAAGAUGAUGACAAACUGAUUUUGAAGGAAGACAGCACGCUGAAAGCAGCUGGAGUAGCAAAUGAGACGGAAUUAGCAUUCUUCUGUGAGGAAGAUUACAGAAACUACAGAGCUAAUCCUGUUUCGGCCUGGUGAAGAUCCCAAGAGAUUGUUUUGUUUUCCCAUACCUGUUGUAAAUUUUCCUGAUUCUGCUUAAUGAGAUUUUUCUUAAAGAUCAAUAAAUCCUAGAGGAUUUCUUUGCAAACGGUGCAAUUCCCUUCCUAUAGAAAUUAAUUUCUGUCGAUAUGCUAAGGCUGAGAGAAGAAAAACGGGGGGACAUAAAUGACUUUUUACUGUGCUUGGCUCUUGAGCCUCGGGCAGUGCCAUCCCUGACCCGUGACACACAUUCUUGGUGGGAUCCCACAGCAGACAGUAACUGCAUAUGGAAAUUAGAGAAGGCACAGGAUGAUCCCAUCACUGUACUAACUUCUAAUGAAAAUUAAGUGAAAACUCCUUCAAAUGAAAUGAAGUGUUUUUUAUGACCGAAUCACUGGGUAUUUUAAAGAACUUGAGAAGAGAAUCUCUGUGUUUCAAGUCACAGCUUUAAUUCUCUCAUUUUCUGUUUGGUCUCUUUUGUUUAAAUAGUGCAGACUGGCCAGUGUUUCAUGCUUUUCAGUGGUGAAUGCUUUCCAUUAUCCUCUCUUCAGCCCUCUUUAGCAUGCUGAAAGGGACAAAUGUCUCUUGGGAGGCUUUUGUGUCGCCUGUUUCUAGCUUUGCUUCCUGGAGACACCUUCACUUAGGGGUAGCAGCUCGAGUUCUGCCCAGACAUCAGCGUGCCUAAGUAGGAGCUGGGCAUUUUCCCAAGUGGAGUGAAAGCUCAUGGUUUCAGUUUUAGGAAUAAAACCUGAAUGAUUGCAUUUUUUGCAAGGAGAGGCCCAGUCUGUGAGCCACAUGUCUUCAAGAGUGGAAUUGAUUCCUUUAUGCUUUCCAUGAGCCAAGUACUCUGUUGCUGUGUGAUUGUUCUUGGGAAUGCCAGGCUUUCCUACUAACAUGAACCAAAUUAAGAAUAAUAGAAAUAAUUAUGGACCAAAUAAAGUGCCUUUAGGUAGACAUCACUUAUGAAAUGCUUUUUAGGGGGUACCAGCAUGGGACAGUGUGCCAUUAAGCCUCCUUCACUGAAGUAGGAAUGAUGCUGGCUCUGUGCCUUAGCAGGCUUUUGGCACAAGCUCUGCUAAAUUGAAUGAGACCUCACGUGCAAUUGCUUCAGACCUACACAUCUACACUGAGCUCUGGGUGAGAGCUGACAAUGCUCUAUCCAUGAGACUUUCUGGAGGAGUAACCCUACCAUUUCCUAGAGCUUUGGUUAUUGUUUUUAUUGACAUGUGCUGUCCAAAGUAUCUAAGUAAAAUUUCCCUUUAGUUUAGAUGUAGGGUCAAAAAACCCUCUGUGUAUUGUUCCCACCACAUUUUCCUCAUCCUUCCUGACAACUCUCUGGUUUAGGCUGUUUGACUCACCAACAGCUUUGCUUCAGAGUUUUAUUCUCUAGUGAAAGAACUCUACCACUGUGAUUAAAUUACUGUAACUUGAUCUUGUAAGGAGGAGUCCUGUGUCACUGAAGUCACCUAUGUUCUCCUGGGAUGCAGAUGCUGUUAUGCAUGCCCUGAUGAAUUUAGGAAGAGAAUUUACCUCCUGCCUUCUCUUUCUGUGCAGGCAGCCUCUCUGUUGCUGGUACCUGCUCCCCAAACAUGGGCCCAGGUUCAGAUUUAUGUGGUUAAUGCAAGUUUGUGCUCAUCUUCUCAGACAGUUCAAGCUGAUGCAUUGCACUCCAGACUAUCUCACCUCUGUUGAGCCAAAUUUACAAUAAUGAAGGUAACUUUGUAAGAACAGAUAGUGUACCAGAGGCAUCAGUGUCUCAGGCUGGCCUGCCAAGGCAUCUAAAUGGUGCCUGUCAGCACAUGCAGGCUCUCAGACUGAGAUCCAUUCUUUUCCUCCUGUUUUGGGGAUUUGAAUUUGGUUUCCAGCCCUUUCAGACAGAUUUGGAUUACUUUUGUGAUCCCUUUUCUCUAAAGCAUUUGUGUUUGAAAGAGUAACCACAUUUUAACAAUUGUCCUUUCUGAGCUUGUACGGUUCCAAACUUGCAGUGUCACAUCAAGUGUGGUACAGUGGAAGAGCAAUUCUACAGCAUCAGUGAGAAAAACUGUGAAUAUUCUACUGCAAAUAUUCAAGAAUGGUGUGACUGGCACUCCAGAUUAACUUCUCUUUCUAAGGGAAGAGUUAAACUACUGCUUUGUGAGCUCACUUUGCUCUGGCAAUGGCACUUCAUUGGCUUCUUUCUCCAGCAGUACAGUGGAGCCUUUUGUAAUGCUCUCAAUGGCCAUACUUGUAAACUGGUUUCUUCCUGAAGGGUUUUUCUACUGUGGGGUUUUUUUAUUAUUAAUUUUUAAAUUUUUUUUUUUAAGUGGGAAUUCCAGUAAUGCUUCUUUCAAGUAAACCCCACAAAACUACAGAAAAUAACGGAAAACUUGUUUGGAAAGAUGUUCCAACAUUUUUCUGGUGGGAUAUGGUACAGCCUUGUACCAAAAUAGGUUUGUUUCCAGGAUUGUUGAGUACUGUAUGAAAUCUCUGAACACCGGCUAAUAAAUUAAUAAAAACUGAGAUGUCUUUGCCCA